AUGCUCUCACGUGUUGCUGCAGUGAAGGCACCCCGCACACACAACCGUCGCCGCGUGACCGGAUCCAGCGGGAGGAUGAGGGAAGGAGGAGAGAGUGAGCCGCAGAGGCCCAACAUGUCCCGGCAUCUCUUCUACUCUGCGGUGCCCCUUUUUCUUCUUCUUGUGAUGAUGUGCUGCAACGCUGGAGGUGCUGCGGAAGCUGCGGUGCAGUCAUCUGAACCAAAGUACAAAUGGAAGGAGGCUAAGUGUGAAGGUGGUGUAACUGUGGAGUCGUUGGGAGCUCCCGGCCUUCUAAAAGUGGGGAGUGACGUAUUUGCCGUCGCCGAGGCGCAGUGGAAGAAGAACAGUGAGGGCAACAGCUUUACUGGCAUUGCUUCCCAAAUUAUCACGAAAGAUAAUGCUAACACACCGGUGGAAGUUCUGAAUGAAGUGAAAGAGACACAAUUUCUGGAAGACGGUUCCGAAGUCCAAAAGAAGAAAGUGGAUGUGAGCCGACCAACAACAGUUGUGCAGGGAAAUGAUAUUUACAUGCUUGUUGGGAAAUACAGCCGGACAGCUGCUGGUAAAGAGGGUGGCGGUGCCGAGAACGGGGGAUUAUUGCUGGUGAAAGGGAACGUCAGUGACGGAAGUGGUGGUGAUAAAAGAAUCAAAUGGAAAGAUAAGGACGAUGUCUCGCGUAUUUCUGUUGGCGAACUAGAUUCUUGGACACGGCUGACUGGCGGCGGUGGAUCGGGUAUUAAGAUGGAGGACGACACGCUUGUGUUCCCAGUGGAAGGCACGAAGAAUGAGGAUGAAAAGGCCGUUUCGCUGAUUAUACACGACGUGAAGGAUACUGCUGUGAGUUGGAAGCUGUCCAACGGGACGUCUGACGGUGGCUGCAGUGAUCCCUCCGUCGUGGAGUGGGGGAAGGAGGACAAAAAACUCAUCAUGAUGACUGCGUGUGAUGAUGGCCGCCGCAGGGUGUACGAGUCCGGUGACAAGGGGAAGUCGUGGACGGAGGCACUCGGGACACUCUCGUGCGUGUGGGGCAACAAAAAGGGCGGAAAAGUGAAGGCCGUUAGAAGCGGGUUCAUCACAGCGAAGAUUGACGGUGUUGCUGAUAAGAGAAAUGUGAUGCUCGUCACUCUGCCGGUGUAUCCCGAGGAGGAGAGUAAAAAAGAAAACGGAAAGGGAAAACUCCAUCUUUGGCUGACGGACAAUACGCACAUUGUUGAUAUUGGGCCGGUAUCCGGGAAGGAUGAUGACGCUGCCGCCAGCUCUCUGUUGUACAAAAGUGGUAAAGAUGGUGAUAAUGAGCAGAAGGGGGAGAAGUUGAUUGCAUUGUACGAGAAGAAGGGCGAUGAGGGCAAAACAUCACCCGGUGUGGUCUCUGUGCUCCUGAGUGCGCAGCUAAAGCGUGUGAAGGAGGUGCUGACGACGUGGAAGAAAGCGGACGACCUUGUCUCCGAGCUGUGCCCUUCUAAAAGUGCUGAGGAGGAUGCCUCUACUGGCGAUGCCUGCAGCUCUACUGUUAGGAUCACGGAUGGGCUGGUUGGCUUUUUGUCGGGCAACUUCUCUGAUAACACAUGGAGGGACGAGUACCUCGGGGUGAACGCCACAGUAAAGAACAAAAGUGAAGGGGGUAAGAAGGCAACAAAUACUUCCGAUGGUGUGCAGUUCCAUGGAGCGUGGGCGGAGUGGCCCGUUGGCAAGAAAGGGGAUAAUCAGCUGUACCACUUUGCGAACUACAACUUCACUCUUGUGGCGACGGUGUCCAUCGACAAGGUGCCGACGAGUGGUAAUAUUCCAUUGAUGGGUGCGCGUUGGGAAGGCCCAGGAGAAAAGAAAGUUUUUGGACUGUCGUACGACAGCGAAAAGAAGCGGAUAGUGUUCUGCGGUGGCGGACAGAACAAGGAGCUCAGCAGCACAUCGGAGAAAAAAAAACAUGUCGUAAUUUUGCUACGGAACGGCACCCAAGGCUCCGCCUACGUCGAUGAUAUAAUUGUUGGGAAUGCGCAAUUAGAUUUGAUGGGUAUUGAAAAGUCUAAAGGGAUCUCACACUUCUACAUUGGAGGGGAUGGAAGCAGCACGGGGAAUCAAGAAGGCUUGUCUGUGACUGUGAGGAACGUCCUGCUGUACAACCGCCCGUUGGAUGACGAUGAAAUUGCAGGACUCGUCAAAAAUAAAAUUACUCAUCCGAAGCGGGAAGGUCCGAAGACAUCGGCGACAUCUCCUCUUUCACCAGCGGCAAGUGGAUUACCUGUGCAGGGAACCGUGCCCCUGUCCAAUUCUGCCGGGCAACAGCCGUCGGAUCAGGGACAGCCGAAGGGGAGUAUUGCUGCCGGAGCUGGCGGCGCAUCCACACCAGCGACGUCUACUGCCGCAUCUUCUUCAGGACAGGAGCCCGUAAAGCAACCGACAUCUGGAACUUCUUCCAGUGGAAACAAAAAUGCAGAUGGCACUCCCUUGUCUGGUGGUGACAAAGCUGUGGCAACAGGGAGUGGAGAAACGGUUCAGGGAGAUGGAUCACUCCACACUGCCGAGGUGAGCGUGAGCUCUGGUGCGAAUGGGGAGACGGUGGGAGGGACGGAUGUGCAGGAGGUUAAUUCACAGGUCAGGGGAGUAAAUGCUGCGGCACUCAGCAGCAGCCUCGGAAAUGUGUCGCAGGGAAAUAACACCGAUGCCGGCACUGUGCGUGGGAGCGGACUGCUGCCGUUGCUUCUUCUGUUGGGGCUGUGGAUGUUUGCGGCUCUGUGA